AUGACUGACGCCUCUUUGCCGAUCGGGAACACGCUGUGCCUGCGGCCAUUGACGAAGGAAAACAUUUUGUACUACUACUUUCCGCUGAAGGGAAUGCUCAGUUAUGCGGCAUUGUCCGUCAACGUAAUGAAUCCCUCGAUUGCUAUCAAAAUGCUGCCAAAGCGAGACGUGACGAACUUUUUGUUGCUGCAUACCGUGCUCGGCACGACGCUGUUCAUGUACAGCAGACCGCAUCUGAAAGCAGUGCAAACUAACAAACGAGUAGCGUAUAGCAUCUGUGGAUCCGUGCUGUUCAGCUUCGGUUCGGUGCUGGUUUGGGCCGUCAUUCGAUCGGCGGUGCCUCGCAAUCAGGGGCUUGCUACUGCUCUUGGUUUGUCGUCCGGUCUACUGAUGGCCAAACUCGGCUACGAUUACAUCGAGAACAACGAUAGUCUAGCGGUGGCGAAAAAGAACUAA